AUGGCAGCCAGUAUUCCAUCAAAUCUCAGCCAGAAUUUCAACAAAGAUGGUUAUGUCACAGGAAUUCCUGUGCUGACUCAAACAGAAGUAAAAGAAUUAGUACACAAUUUCAAUGCACUAGAAAAAGAAAUUGGUAAAGAAAACUCGCAAUAUUCUUUACAUAAUGUUCACACCAAACUUCCCUGGGUGAUGAAAAUGGCAGCUCACCCCAAUAUCUUACACCCACUGCGCGCCAUACUUGGUGACAAUAUCUUUGUGCUGGAUUCCCGCUUCAUCUGCAAAUACCCUGACAAAGAAAAUUCACGGAUGGAUGGUGCCAAGCAAUAUGUUGCUUGGCAUCAAGAUGAACUUCAAGAGAAAGCAUGGUGGAUUCAAGCACAGAUGUGCACCAGAGCAAAAGCUGGACAGCAACUGAGGCUCUCCUGCUUUUUGUUGGCAAUCAUUGUUGGUUCUCAUAAAUUUGGAAUUUUCGAGCACAUAGAGGCCAAGGAAAAAGGGAAUUUAUUGACCUCCAAUCAAGAGAUACCCCUCAAUCUGUUCAAUGUGGAGAAGGCUGUACCAUGUCCGCUGAGUGCAGGAGAGAUGUCAUUGCAUCAUGGGUUAACAGUGCACGGCAGUGAACCAAAUCUCUCUGAUCGCCGUCGGUGUGGUUAUGUCAUUCGAUACGUAGCUACGAAUGCUUAUUCGGUUAACGAUCCAAACAGACCCCGGACAUUCCCGGCCACUGUAUUAGUAUCCGGCAAAGAUGAACUUCACAACUUCACUGAUCAUGCUCCUGAAUGGUUUAAAAUAUGAACUUUUAUGACAGUAUGGAAUACGUUUUAUUGGUGCCAGUAUUAAGAUAUAAGUAACCCUUAUAAUUAAAAGAACAGUUCUUUGAAUCACAGACUGAAGAAUACUUGCUUUGGCUCAUUUUUUAGCAUCAGGGAAUAAAAUUAUACAUUAGGGAUCAAUAAUUAAAACCAGGCACCUUCAUAUUACCAGAGUAAAACU